AUGAGAGCCUUAAUUAUCACCGACAUGCAAAAUGACUUCUUGCCUCCAAAAGGUGCGUUGCCUGUGCCCCACAGUGAGGAGAUCGUCCAGCCCAUCCUGGACCUGAUCCACCAGGAGGAGCAGCAGGACUUCCACAGAAUCGUGCUGGUGCGUGACUGGCACACCCGCAACCACACCUCGUUCGCCAGGUCGCACGACCUGCCAGAGUAUUCGCAGUUCGAGUACAAGUCGCCAAGACCGGGCGACAAGUCCACCCAGGUGGGCACCUUGUGGCCCGUGCACUGUGUUCAGAACACCUGGGGCUCCCAGUUGGUCACCCCGCUGUUGAAGGAGACGUACCACACACAUCUGAAGAUCGUCGACAAAGGGUUCCUGUCAGACAGAGAGUACUACUCAGGGUUUAGCGAUAUUUGGAACUUCCACAAGACCGAAUUGCACGAAUAUUUACAGAAACAUCACAUCACCGAGGUCCUGGUCGUGGGACUCGCGUUAGACUACUGUGUCAAGGCUACUGCCAUCUCGGCUGCUCAACUGGGUUACGACACCACCAUUGUAAAAUCCCUAUCGAGAGCCAUCCAUGACGACGACGAACAUAUGAAACAGUUCGAGAAGGAUUUGGCCGACAACAACGUGAAGCUGGUCGAAAACGUCCCUCCCCACAAGUCGGAAUCAACCACCACCACCACCACCACUGUUUGA